UCAUCGCGCUAAUUUAAUGUUGAUGUUUUUAAUUUAAUUGUUCACUUGAUUGUCGUCCUUUGAUUGUGACCUUUUUUAAAUUUGUUUUCUCUGUUUUUAAGUAGUUUUUCUUCAUCUCGGUUUUGGUUGGUUGUUUCAUUUGUUUCAUAUCAUUAUGGCUGAAAAAGAUGCAAAGAAUUGGGAUAAUCUUGCCGAUGGUUUGAUCGCUCGUGACCUUAAAAAUGACGAUGGUCUGAUUAAUGAGAUCAUGUUUGACCGGCAUAAAUUUGAUUAUUUAAACCUUGAUCCUCGUAUUCUCAAAGGUCUUGCUCGUUCGGGUUUUAGUAAGCUUUCAUUCAUCAAAAAGAAGCCAUUCCAUUGGGUAGGAUCGGUGUUGACAUGGUAAUUCAGGCUCGUUCGGGUGCUGGUAAAACUUGUGCCUACACUUGUAUUAUUUUUGAUUCAUUGGUACCUGGUGAAUCUACUCAGGUAUUGGUCGUUGCACCAACUCGAGAAAUUGCCUUCCAAGUUGCCGGUGUUGCCCGAGCCAUUGGUGCUUUUUAUGAGAAUGUAAAAGUUUGCCUUGUAACCGGUGGAUUUAAAGUUGGUAAAGAUGCUGAAGAACUUGAAAAAGCUCAAAUUGUUAUUGGUACACCAGGAAGAUUAAUCCAGUUAAUUGAACUUGGUCACCUUAACCCAAGUUCCAUUCGUUUACUUGUAUUGGAUGAAGCGGAUAAACUGUUUGAUCAAUUGCAACAACAAAUGGCCGCUUUGAUCGCUCGUCUACCAAAAUCUAAACAAGUGAUCGCCGUUUCUGCCACUUUUCGUGAUGAUCUGAAAGUCCGAAUAGAACCUUAUCUUACUGAUCCCCACGUUAUUACCGAUAAAAAUGACGGCCUAUUCCCGACGAGAAACAGCCAGUUUUACGCGAUUGUCCCCAGCAAGACAAAUUACGCUCUAAAACUCGAAGUGGUCAAAAAAUGGAUCGACAAUUUAUCCUUCAGUCAGAUGAUUAUUUUUGUGAACACCAAAGAAAGUGGACAGAAGAUAGCAAAUGAUUUCCGUUCAACUGAUUACAGUUGUGCCUAUUUAUUUGGUGAUCUAAAUCAACCAGAUCGAUUUACUAUUUUCAAAAAUUUCCAUGGUCAUCGUUUCAAUAUCCUGGUGACCACUGAUCUUUUCAGUCGAGGUGUUGAUUUCAAAAAUGUCAACAUGAUAAUUAACUUUGAUAUUCCUGAUUGUAAAGAGACAUUUCUUCAUCGAGUAGGUCGAGCUGGACGUUUUGGAGUUGAUUGUUUGACUUUGACCCUAAUUGAAAGUGGACCAGAGGAAUUAAUUUACAAAAGAUUCGAAGAGCAACUUAAAUUUGAAGGGAAAAUAAUGCCCGAAGAUUUGUAUCGUGAUAGUCCUUGGGCCUCUUUAAAUGAACGUUACAGGUACAUCGAAUUAACUGAUUAUCAAAGAAUUGAUCGAGCUAUUAACUAUCGUCGCUUCCAACCUCCUUGUCGACAUUUCCGUCCUGGUCCUAAUGACGAUGUCGGUGACGAUCCAUCUUUUACCGUAAAGCCUCGUCGUAGAGUAAAACCAGGUCGUACCAGUAUUCGGCCUCCGUACUAUAAAAAGCACAGAAUGUAUAUCCCUAAAUCGAGGUUAAAUCCUAAAUAUCGAGAUGGACGUGAAUACCUAACCAAAGAACGUUGUUCUUUACGUGAACUUUACCCUCCCGAAUGCUGGGACUUACCUCAAGAAUAUUGGUCAUCAUCGGAAGAGGAUAUCGAAGAAGAGGUGAUGCCGCCCGAAGGAUGGCCUGGUUGUUGCGGUGGACACAUUAUACCAGGAACGAAUCGUUGGUACUCCCUCGACGAGGAGGGAAAUCCAAUUAAACACGCAUUGGAUCCUGUCUGGAAAAGACAAUUACUGAAACAAUCAUCACCUUCAUCACCAGGAACUUCAGCAUCUACAAGCAAUAAUACUCCCACUGAAAUCGUAGACUCACAAAAACCCCAAUCAAAUCAAAAUUAAUUCUCAAAUUCUAAAUCACCUCCUAAAUCAUCAAAAUGGUACCAAAAAUCAAUCAUUAGAAUCUGAUCAUCUAUUACAAUUGAACAAUUAAUUUCUCCUCGUUAAAAAACGUUAACGUCUCAUCAAUUUUUCCAAGCAUGAAAACCCUCACCCAUCUCCUAACUAAGCAAUUAACUAAUUGCUUACCAAACUAAAUGAUCAUGAUCUUUUCCCUCUAAUAAUAAACAAAAAAUUAACUAAUUGCUGUGAUAUUACAAAUGUAACGAUUAUUAAUAUAAUCUUUUUCCUUGUCUACUUUUAUUAACGAUUAACUUUCCUACAUUUUCACCAAUUAUUUAAAAUAAAUUAAAAAGAACAAUUAAAAAUUCA